AUGCCACCCAGAGUAGACAGCAUAGCUCUGCUUGAAUGCACCAUGCAAAUGAUUAGAGAGGUUCACACCAACUGGAAUGAAGACCAAAUCUUGGAGUGUGCCUUCUCUAUGAUGAACCUCCAACCAAAUACCAGCCAAGUCGAAAAGAUUCCUAAGUCAAUACACAGCAUUGUAUCACAGAUCAUCAAGCUCAACAAGAACAACUGGGCCAUCUGGGAGCCCAUGUUUAUGGACUGCAUAUGGCCCAUCAAGAAUGCAAAGCAGAUCCUUACUGGGGAAAUAUCUAGCAACCACACAGACUAUGAUGAAGAACUAAACAGUCACCUGUUAGGCCUCAUCCUGUCAUCAUGCAACCACAGUCCUGAGAGCAGUAUUCAUACAUACACCAUUCGAGAACAAGGCAAAGAGGAACAACUUGGCUCCACACUGUAUAAGAAACUCAAAGCAGUGCUCAUGAUCAAUGACAAAGUCAAACUGUCUGCAAUUCAUGACCGAGUGCAUGAGAUCAAGCUAGUACACCAAAAUGUCAUCAACCUUGGAAAGGAACUAGAUCAAAUUUGGAAUGAUGCUGCGAGGCUGGGCAGUCACAUGGAUGAAAAGCUCAAGAAGUCCAUCUUGUACCAUUGUGUCAAAGAUGACUGGCUCUAUACUCAGACAGUAGACUCCCUUAAAGCUGCACAGCCAGGCUGCAGCUAUGAAUAUGCCUACCAUGCACUCACCAAGAAACAUCAAGAAGCUGAACUUUCUGGCUGUAUCCAAGCUGCAACCAGACUCACCAGCAACAAGAAUAUAACCAACCAAGCCAGCGGACCUAGCCAAAUCCUAAACCAAGAAGGCUACAACAGAGGCAGAUGUGAUCCCACAAACCCUAACAAGCCGGCUAAGUGUUACAAAUGCAGGCAACCUGGGCACAUUGCAAUCAAUUGCAUCAGCAGCCAGGAGCGAACUUCUACUCAGCAGGGAUAG